UACCUUGGAUCUCUCACCGACAACGAUUUCAUUUGAUGUCCCAACGCUAACAGUGGUCAUGGCCUCAACAGAAAAAACAAAAGCUUCUUCCUCUACUGCUCGUUCGACUCAAAAAUCGGGCUUCCUCAACGCCUUUACGGUCGCAACAACUAUAUUUAUUAUAAUUAUAGCAGUCAAUUAUAACUGGUUGGAGGAAACUUAUCGUAUCUUUAUUGUCAAUAGACCUGUUGGCCAAUUUGGCUUGGAUAAUUGUAAAAUCGUCGAAGGAUUGGAAGGAUGUGAGGAUAUCGUUAUUCAUCAUAAAUCAGGAUCUGCUUUCCUUGCAUGUGGCAAUGCGGAAUCACGAAUGGUUCGAUGGUUUCCUCCUAUUGGAAUAAGGAACGAGGCUCCUACCGUCAAAGAUCAAGCAUUUGUAUAUGAUAUAAACACGGGUAUUGUAAAACCGUUAAAACUAAUCAAUUAUCCUGACGAUGAUUUCAUCCUGCAUGGUCUCGGGAUGUAUGAUGACCCAAACGAUCCUGAAAACCCCACUCUCUUCUUUGUAAAUCACAAGACAUCAGGCAGCGUGAUUGAGAUUUUUGAACACAGAAUAGGAACGGAUGAACUGAAACACGUGGAAACAGUCAAGCACGAAUUGAUUAUUGCCCCCAAUGACAUCGCGCCCAUAUCAAAGAACGAAUUCUAUGUCACAAAUGACAUUAAAUAUAAGCAUUGGUUUAUGAGAAAUGCACAACUCUUUCUCCGGUUACCGUACUCUGAUGUGGUGUUCCAUUCAGGCAAAACUAAUACUACGAAUGUCGUGGCUGAUGGUCUACGCUCGGCAAAUGGUAUUACGACGAAUCGAGACCUAUCUCGUGUAUACGUUGUAUCCACGCUCGAUCCUGCAAUUGUGGUAUACGAUAGGAAGGCCGACAAUCGCCUCGUUGAAAUAGAAAGAAUACCCGCUGAAGGCAUGCCAGAUAAUGUUUCAGUUGACGAAGUAACAAAUGAAGUGUAUUAUGCAGCUUUUCUCGGAGCUGCCGACUUUGCUUCAUAUGUUAAAUCGGUAGGGAAAACAAAGAACCCGUCAAGCGCUGUCGUUAAAAUAUCGGACAACAUGAACGAGGAUAGGUAUUAUGGAAAGAAAUAUUCCCAGAAAGUAUUAUUAGAAGACACUGAAACUUUUUACGCACUCACGGUGGCUGCCGUCGAUCAUAGCCGCAACACUAUGUUGUUGGGCUCUCUUUUUGCGCCUAGAAUUGGAGUUUGUAAAUUGAACUAA